AGAAAUAAGGGGAGGCCCCACUUUGGGGGAAGGCUGGGUGAAGUCAGGCUGGAGCGAACCACAGGGAGCAGGUCAGGCUCCUGUGUGGGACCCUGAAAGAAGGAGGGAUAUUCCUGAGAGAAGCUGGUGGAGUCCCUAGGGAAGGGAUGCAGUGGGGUAACCUGCCAGGAUGAAGCAGUACAGAAGAACUCUGUAGGGCCCAGGAGUAAGGGCAAAGAGCAGAGCCCUCUGGUGUAGCUCAAGAGGGGUAGAAGAAUUCUUGGUUUGGACAUUUACUUGGAUUUACAGUUGGACUUUUCUUACCCUGGAAAGGGAUUGAAUUUAAGAGGUGACCUGGCUGGAGGGCUGGGCCAUUGAAGGUCCAGACAGGCCAGCAUGGGGCUGAAGAUAUGAUCAAUGGGCAGCAUUAGAGAUGCAGUCCCCUCUUAUGUCAUGCCCUGAUGAUGGGGAAUGCUCUGAUGGUUAAUGGAUGAGACCACCUGAAAGAAGGGUUCCCAGAAGUCUCUGCUGCUGUGCUUGUGCCAAAAGCAGCCAGACCCAUGAGAUGAUGCAAGGGUCCUGGAGGGUCAGAUGGAGAAGCAUUCAGAAAGAUGGUCCGCAUCAUUGGAAGAAUCUGUCCAUGAGACCAGGUCCAGGAAUUCAGUCAAGUUGGGGCACCAGGAUUACUGUUCUCUCAUUGUCUCUGAAUCUACGGGUGUGUGACAGGAAAUAGGGUACAGAGCAGUGGUUCUCAGUCAGAGAGAUACCAUCCCUGGGGAUUCCUAAUACUACUUUGGACUAUUUAAUGCUGUUGCGUGGCUGUUAUACACCUCAGAGGCAGCUGUAUUUCUGCACUGUGCAAAGUGAUCAAUAUGCUCUGUCCUGCAAGCUCUUUCAGUGCCAAGUGGGGAGUUAUGGGCUGGAUCACCAUCAAUGCACCCUGAAGACUGACUUUGGUUUUGCACUCCCAAUGAUUAUAUCCUUUCUGAGUUCACCACCACCUCACUGCCAUCACUGCCACAGUUGUCAUCGCUUCUAGGAACCUGGAAUUUGAGAGUUGGCCUUUACCUCUGCGCACUCUCUCUCUCACACACAACCACUGUCACUUUUGUGUUUUCCACCAAAACGAGACCACCUUGGGUUUUUUGCCCUUCAAGAAAGUGGGUCACCUGGAGAAUUCUCACCACACAUACUCUCCUUCUGGGAUAAAAGCCUCCGGAUCCUAACAGAUAGCUGAGAUCUUUUCUUGGAGAGGUGAAUUCUCCUGGCCGAUCACGUGUGUGUGCUCCCUCUGUGCUUUUCUUCUCCUCCUGUGGAAUUUAUCAGUGAUUUUUCCUGGCGUCCUUCUCACCAGUGGCUUUUGUAUUUCUCCUAGGGAAGAGCAGCUUUUUGCAACAAUGGGCUUCACUCUCCACUCUGUCUGCUUCACCCUGAAGGUGAGCUUACUGCUGGGCUCCUUACUGGGCCUCUGCCUGGGUCUGGAGUUCAUGGGCCUCCCCAACCAGUGGGCCCGCUACCUCCGCUGGGAUGCCAGCACCAGGAGCGACCUGAGCUUUCAGUUCAAGACCAACGUCUCAGCUGGGCUGCUCCUUUACUUUGAUGAUGGCGGUGUCUGCGACUUCCUCUGCUUGUCCCUGGUUGAUGGGCGCAUCCAGCUCCGGUUCAGCGUGGACUGUGCCGAGACCACGAUUGUCACAGAAAAGCAGGUCAAUGACAGCAAUUGGCACUUCCUCAUGGUCAGCCGCAACCAGCUCCGGACGGUGCUGGUGCUGGAUGGUGAAGCCAAGCCUGGUGAAGUGCGUCCACAGCGCCAGAACAUGAACAUCGUCAGUGACCUCUUUGUUGGUGGCGUUCCGUCAGACAUCCGCCCUACUGCCUUGACCCUCGAUGGCAUCCUAAAUGAGCCUCCAUUUCAGGGAUUUAUCCUGGACCUGAAAUAUGGCAACUCGGAACCACAGCUGCUGGGCAACCAGGGGGUCCAUCUGGACAUGGAGGGGCUGUGUGUAGAGAACCCUUGUGAGAAUGGCGGCACUUGUUUCCUUCUGGAUGAUGAGCCACAUUGUGACUGCUCUGCCACUGGAUAUGUUGGCAAACUUUGCUCGGAAGAUGUCAAUCAUAUCCCAGGCCUCUCACACCUGAUGAUGAGUGAACAAGGUAGAAGUAAAGCGAGAGAUGAAAAUGUGGCCACCUUCCGUGGCUCAGAGUACCUUUGCUACGACCUGUCCCAGAACCCCAUCCAGAGCAGUAGCGACGAGAUCACCCUCUCCUUCAAGACGUGGCAACGUAACGGGCUCAUCCUCCACACGGGCAAGUCAGCUGAUUACGUCAACCUGGCUCUGAAAGACGGCGCGGUCUCCUUGGUCAUUAACCUGGGGUCCGGGGCCUUCGAGGCCAUUGUGGAGCCUGUCAAUGGCAAAUUCAAUGACAACGCUUGGCAUGACGUUAAAGUGACGCGCAAUCUGCGGCAGGUGACAAUAUCUGUGGAUGGAAUCCUCACUACCACGGGCUAUACACAAGAGGAUUACACCAUGCUGGGUUCAGAUGACUUCUUCUAUGUAGGAGGGAGCCCAAGUACAGCAGAUUUACCUGGAUCACCGGUCAGCAACAACUUCAUGGGCUGCCUCAAAGAGGUUGUUUAUAAGAAUAACGACAUCCGUCUGGAGCUGUCUCGCUUGGCGAGGAUCAGUGACACCAAGAUGAAGAUCUACGGGGAGGUGAAAUUCACAUGUGAGAAUGUGGCCACGCUGGAUCCCAUCAGCUUUGAGACUCCAGAGGCCUACAUCAGUCUGCCUAAGUGGAAUACUAAGCGGAUGGGCUCCAUCUCCUUCGACUUCCGCACCACUGAGCCCAAUGGCCUGAUUCUCUUCACCCAUGGCAAACCCCAGGAGAGGAAGGAUGCCAGGAGCCAAAAGAACACCAAGGUAGACUUCUUUGCAGUGGAGCUGCUGGAUGGGAACCUCUACUUGCUGCUUGAUAUGGGCUCCGGCACCAUCAAGGUGAAAGCCACCCAGAAGAAAGCCAAUGAUGGAGAGUGGUAUCAUGUUGAUAUCCAGCGAGAUGGCAGAUCAGGUACCAUAUCAGUGAACAGCAGGCGCACCCCAUUCACUGCCAGUGGGGAGAGUGAAAUCUUGGACCUGGAAGGGGACAUGUACCUAGGUGGGCUACCUGAGAACCGGGCAGGCCUCAUCCUCCCCACAGAGCUCUGGACGGCCAUGCUGAACUAUGGCUAUGUAGGCUGUAUCCGGGACCUGUUCAUCGAUGGACGGAGCAAGAACAUCCGGCAGCUGGCGGAGGUGCAGAAUGCUGCCGGGGUCAAAUCCUCCUGCACCCGACUCAGCACCAAGCAGUGCGAUAGUUACCCAUGUAAGAACAAUGCUCUCUGCAAGGAUGGCUGGAACCGCUUCAUCUGCGACUGCACUGGUACUGGCUACUGGGGCAAAACGUGUGAGCGGGAGGCUUCCAUCCUGAGCUAUGAUGGCAGCAUGUACAUGAAGAUCAUCAUGCCCAUGGUCAUGCACACAGAGGCAGAAGAUGUGUCUUUCCGCUUCAUGUCCCAGCGUGCCUAUGGGCUCUUAAUGGCCACCACUUCACGGGAUUCUGCCGACACCCUUCGCCUGGAGCUAGAUGGAGGGCGUGUCAAACUCAUGGUCAAUUUAGACUGUAUCAGGAUAAACUGUAACGCCAGCAAAGGACCUGAAACUCUGUAUGCUGGGCAGAAACUUAAUGACAACGAGUGGCACACAGUCCGGGUGGUACGGCGAGGAAAGAGCCUCAAACUGACAGUUGAUGAUGACGUAGCUGAGGGUACAAUGGUUGGCGACCACACCCGCCUGGAGUUCCACAACAUUGAAACAGGGAUCAUGACAGAGAAGCGGUACAUCUCCGUCAUCCCCUCUAGCUUCAUUGGCCACCUCCAGAGUCUCAUGUUUAAUGGGCUGCUCUACAUUGACCUGUGCAAGAAUGGUGACAUUGACUACUGUGAGCUGAAAGCACGGUUCGGUCUCCGCAACAUCAUUGCUGAUCCAGUCACCUUUAAGACCAAGAGCAGCUACCUGAGUCUGGCCACCUUGCAGGCCUACACCUCCAUGCACCUAUUCUUCCAGUUCAAGACCACCUCAGCUGAUGGCUUCAUCCUCUUCAACAGUGGUGACGGCAGCGAUUUCAUCGCAGUCGAGCUGGUCAAAGGGUAUAUACACUACGUGUUUGACCUUGGGAAUGGUCCUAACGUGAUCAAGGGCAACAGCGAUCGGCCUCUCAAUGACAACCAGUGGCACAACGUGGUCAUCACCCGAGACAACAGUAACACCCACAGUUUAAAAGUGGAUACCAGGGUUGUUACUCAGGUUAUCAAUGGUGCCAAAAACCUUGACCUUAAAGGUGAUCUCUACAUUGCUGGCCUGGCUCAAGGCAUGUACAGCAACGUCCCGAAGCUAGUGGCUUCACGUGAUGGGUUUCAGGGCUGCCUAGCGUCAGUGGACUUGAAUGGGCGCCUGCCUGAUCUAAUCAAUGACGCUCUCCACCGCAGUGGGCAAAUUGAGCGCGGAUGUGAAGUUGAGUUGACCAAAGCUGACAUGCAAGGACCGAGUACUACCUGCCAAGAAGAUUCCUGUGCAAAUCAGGGUAUCUGUAAUCAGCAAUGGGAAGGUUUUACCUGCGAUUGUUCCAUGACUUCAUACUCUGGGAGCCAGUGCAAUGACCCUGGUGCCACAUAUAUCUUUGGGAAGAGUGGAGGACUCAUCCUGUAUACCUGGCCAGCAAAUGACAGACCCAGCACAAGGACAGAUCGUCUUGCUGUAGGCUUCAGCACGACUGUGAAGGAUGGCAUCCUGGUUCGAAUCGACAGUGCUCCUGGGCUCGGCGACUUUCUGCAGCUUCACAUAGAGCAAGGCAAGAUUGGUGUGGUCUUCAAUAUUGGCACAGUGGAUAUUUCUAUCAAAGAGGAGAGCACCCCAGUGAAUGAUGGCAAAUAUCAUGUGGUGCGCUUUACUAGGAAUGGUGGAAAUGCCACUCUUCAGGUGGACAGCUGGCCAGUGAAUGAACACUACCCUUCAGGCAACACUGAUAGUGAACGGUUCCAAAUGGUAAAACAGAAAAUUCCCUUCAAAUAUAACCGGCCCGUAGAAGAGUGGCUGCAGGAAAAAGAUGAUGCAACACCGCAUCACCACUUGACUUCAAGACCCGUCACGACGACCACCAAAAUUGGACGACAGUUAACGAUCUUCAACACCCAGGCGCAAAUAGCCAUUGGAGGGAAGGACAGAGGGCGUCCCUUCCAAGGCCAGCUCUCCGGUCUCUAUUACAAUGGCUUGAAAGUGCUGAACAUGGCAGCAGAGAACAACCCCAAUAUUAAAAUCAACGGAAGUGUCCGGCUGGUUGGAGAAGUCCCGUCCAUUCUUGGAACAACACCCACAACCUCCAUGCCACCAGAAAUGUCUACUACAGUCAUGGAAACCACCACAACCAUGGCCACCACAACUACCCGAAAAAACCGCUCCCCACCCAGCAUCCAGACCACUGAUGACAUUGUUUCAUCCGCUGAAUGUUCCAGCGAUGACGAAGACCUCAUUGAAUGUGAGCCGAGUACAGGAGGUGAAUUAGUUAUCCCUCUACUUGUAGAAGACCCUUUAGAUAUCCCUCCUAUUGCUACUCGUGCACCUUUCAUUACACUCCCCCCUACCUUUCGCCCCCUCCUCACCAUUAUUGAGACCACCAAAGAUUCCCUGUCCAUGACCUCUGAGGCGGGGUUACCUUGCUUGUCGGACCAAGGCAGCGAUGGUUGUGAUGAUGAUGGCUUGGUGAUAUCUGGGUAUGGCUCAGGGGAAACCUUUGACUCUAACCUACCCCCUACUGAUGAUGAAGAUUUUUACACCACCUUCUCCUUGGUAACAGAUAAGAGUCUUUCCACUUCAGUCUUCGAAGGUGGCUACAAAGCACAUGCACCUAAGUGGGAAUCCAAGGACUUUAGACCUAACAAAGUCUCCGAAACUGGUAGGACUACUACCACGGCUUUGUCCCCUGAGCUGAUCCACUCCACAGCUUCGUCCUCGACUGGGAUGGUGCCCAAAUUGCCCGCUGGCAAAAUGAAUAACCGUGAGCUCAAACCCCAGCCUGACAUAGUCUUGCUUCCGUUGCCCACUGCCUAUGAGCUAGACAGCACAAAGCUGAAGAACCCGCUAAUAACUUCCCCCAUGUUCCGUAAUGUGCCCACAGCAAACCCCACGGAGCCAGGAAUCAGACGGGUUCCUGGGGCCUCAGAGGUGGUCCGCGAGUCGAGCAGCACAACUGGGAUGGUCGUCGGUAUUGUGGCUGCUGCCGCCCUCUGCAUCCUGAUCCUCCUGUACGCCAUGUACAAGUACAGGAACAGGGACGAGGGGUCCUAUCAGGUGGAUGAGACGCGGAACUACAUCAGCAACUCAGCCCAGAGCAAUGGCACGCUUGUGAAGGAGAAGCAGCAGAGCACAAAGAGUGGCCACAAGAAACAGAAAAACAAGGACAAAGAAUAUUAUGUGUAAAAAUAUACUUAUUUAUAUAUAAAUAUAUACAUACUUAAUGAGAUUUAACUGAAAUAUCAGAGCCGUUACAGCUAACGAGAUUGGGAGCUACAGUUUGUGGAAAAAAAAUUGGGAAAAAAAUUCAGCUGUGACUGUUAACGUCUCAGUCAUCGCUUGGAGUCAGCAAACUCUGCCCUACUGUAUUAUAAAGCACAUUUAGC